AUGGCCGCUCGGCUCCCGCGGUCUGUCUCGCGCUCUGUAAAGCUGGCGCGGGGUGACAUUUGUGAUGGUGCUAAGCUGGCGACUGACGAACCUUCUCUUACGACUUCUAUGGAGUGGGACACUCAGGUGGUGAAUGGGUCUUCGCCGCUCGGCCCUGCAGCAUUGGGGGCUGAGGAGCGGCCGUCUAGACCGCUGUUGCCGUCGUGGCUGCUGCCCGAGAGGUGCGCGGUGUUUCAGUGCUCACAGUGCCACGCGGUGGUCGCCGACUCAGUGCACCUUGCCUGGGACUUAUCGCGCUCCCUCGGGGCGGUGAUCUUCUCCAGGGUCACAAGUAAUGUGGUUUUGGAAGCUCCCUUUCUAGUUGGCAUUGAAGGUUUGCUCAAAGGCAGCACUUACAACCUUUUGUUCUGUAGUUCCUGUGGGAUUCCUAUUGGUUUCCAUCUGUAUUCUACCCAUGCUGCCUUGGCUGCUUUGAGAGAUCACUUCUGCCUUUCCAGUGACAAGAUGGUGUGCUAUCUGUUAAAAACAAAAGCCAUAGUAAGUGCAUCUGAGAUGGAUAUUUUCAACGAAUCUCUACCAGAAAAGAUUGCAGAGUUAAAAGAGAAGAUAAUGUUAACACACACUCACCUGAAUUCACUGAUGAAGAUUCUGAAGGAAGUGACUCAUGACAAGUCUACGCCACAAAACUGA